GAUGGCGGAAGGCGCCCAGCCGCAGCAGCCGCCUCAGCUCGGGCCCGGCGCCGCUGCCCGGGGGAUGAAGCGGGAGUCGGAGCUGGAGCUGCCGGUGCCCGGAGGGGGAGGAGACGGAGCCGAGCCCGGCCUGAGCAAGCGGCCGCGCACCGAGGAGGCGGUGGCCGACGGCGGCGGCGGGAUGCAGAACGAGCCUCUGACCCAAGGUUAUCAUGGAUUCCCAGCACGGGACAGCCAGGGUAACCAGGAGCCAACAACAACUCCUGACGCAAUGGUUCAGCCUUUUACUACUAUCCCGUUUCCACCACCUCCACAGAAUGGAAUUCCCACAGAAUAUGGAGUGCCACACACUCAGGACUAUGCCGGCCAGACCAGUGAGCAUAACCUGACACUCUACGGAAGUACGCAAUCCCACGGGGAGCAGAGUAGCAACUCACCCAGCACACAAAACGGAUCUCUCACGCAGACGGAAGGGGGAGCGCAGACAGAUGGCCAGCAGUCACAGACACAAAGUAGUGAGAACUCAGAGAGCAAAUCCACCCCUAAACGGCUGCAUGUCUCUAAUAUUCCCUUUCGCUUCCGGGACCCCGACCUCCGACAGAUGUUUGGGCAGUUUGGCAAAAUCCUAGAUGUAGAAAUAAUCUUUAAUGAACGUGGCUCUAAGGGAUUCGGGUUCGUAACUUUCGAGAAUAGUGCUGAUGCAGACAGGGCCAGGGAGAAAUUACACGGCACCGUGGUAGAGGGCCGUAAAAUCGAGGUGAAUAAUGCUACAGCGCGUGUAAUGACCAAUAAGAAGAUGGUCACACCAUAUGCAAAUGGUUGGAAAUUAAGCCCCGUAGUUGGAGCUGUAUAUGGCCCUGAGUUAUAUGCAGCAUCCAGCUUUCAAGCAGACGUGUCCCUAGGCAAUGAUGCAGCAGUGCCCCUAUCAGGAAGAGGGGGUAUUAACACUUACAUUCCUUUAAUCAUUCCUGGCUUCCCUUACCCGACUGCAGCCACCACGGCGGCCGCUUUCAGAGGAGCCCAUCUGAGGGGCAGAGGGCGGACGGUAUACGGUGCGGUCCGAGCGGUACCUCCAACAGCCAUUCCCGCCUAUCCAGGUGUGGUUUACCAGGACGGAUUUUACGGUGCUGACCUCUAUGGCGGAUACGCAGCCUACAGAUACGCACAGCCCGCUACCGCGACUGCGGCCACAGCCGCCGCCGCCGCCGCCGCAGCCUACAGCGACGGUUACGGCAGGGUGUACACAGCCGACCCAUACCACGCCCUUGCCCCUGCCGCUAGCUACGGAGUUGGCGCUGUGGCGAGUUUAUACCGAGGUGGCUACAGCCGAUUUGCCCCCUACUGAAGUGACGUGAGACCCUGCAAAUGGGACAGCCCCCCAGUUCAUGAGGCCUGGCUAUUGCAAUAUUUACUAGUAGAGGAACUCUAUAGCAAGAUGAAGAGGAAAAACAAACAAACAAACAAACAAAAAAAAAUACAAAAAAAGAGAAUACUUUUUUAUACCUCACUAUGUUCUUUGAAUAUGUAUUUUUUUCCUUUACAUUUCUGCCUUUAAUUCUUUUGUUCCAAAGAUUGUGCAUUUUUUUCUUUCUUUUUCUUUUUUUUUUUAAACUGUGGUAAAAAAAAAAAAAUAAUGCAUUUCCAUGUCUGUAUGUCCGUGCUUAGCUUAUUCUGUCAAUCACGGAAGAGGCAGUUAACGAGGAAGGGGAGACCUUAGGAGCUGAUGAAUGCAUGUGAUCAGAAAUCAGCAGACAGAGCUACCAAAGUGUAUCCGGUGCUGAGGGCUGGGGGACGAACAGAAGUGGAGGAGAUCUGUCUGCAACAGGAUAUUCUUCUAGUCUUCUGAGUUUCUGGUCUUCGGCAGGCAGUUCUGCUUGGCUCUUGCUGGAAUCCACAUGCUGAUAGAUGACAGGAGUUUGUGCUUGCAAAGCAGGAGGACUGAAAAGACACUUUCCUCUCCUCUUCCCUCCUGUCUUCUCCAUUCUUUUUACAAUCAUCUUAACCUGCACAGCCUGAGACCGUUGGCAUCGUUUUUGGAAUUAUAAUAUUAAUAUUUCCAAACAUGCUCUCAGACUGUGGAUAAUAAACACCUCAUUAGGAAACCGAUCUCAGAAUGAACUCUGGAGUGUGAAAAAGAUCAUUCUUUUCUUUCCUGAGAUCCUAGCAUUCCUGCUGGGCUUCUUCCCCUUUCUCUGAACCACAGCUUAGCUCAUCUGUCCUUCUAUAAACUCCCUACUCCCAAGUCCUCAAGAGUCAGGAAUUUAGGACCCAGGGACAGGAGAAUAAAUAGCGACCAGAUCUCCCGGCUUGAGGGUUUAGAAGUACGAAGCGUUGGGAGCCAGUAAAGAGGGUAAGGAAGAGAAAAGGGGUAUCAGAUGAUGUCUGGCAGGGCUCUGAUAGUCCUGUGCUUUCUCUUGCAUCAGGAGGUCAGUACAAGGUAGGAAACAUAUGGAGAGUGUUGGCAAAAGAUAAAGCUCCGAGUCCCGGGGUGGCUGUCCCUGGAAGUUUGUGGUGAUUGGGGCAUGUGAGGGCAGGCAAAGGCACUUUGUACUAACUAGCUCCAAAGCCAUAGGAAUUCCCAUCUUCCAGAGCAUUCUGUGAGCCACUUCUCUGUCCAUGGUUUUGAGCUCUCGUGGCCACUCCGCCCGGCUUCUCAUUUUCCUCCAAAGACACCCAGCCGAGCACCGACUGCUUGGCAUACAUGAACACUACAGGAGAUAAAACCCAGAGCCCCUGAGGCUCCUCCCCUCCCCUAGUGGAAGGAGGGUGUGUCCUGGCAAGGAUCUCACAUGUUGCCAGAAGAGUCGUGUUGUGACCACAGCGGUGAGUCACUGCUGUGGCUGCCUGGCUUUGAUUUUAUACAUAUGGACAAGGCAGGGGAGAAGGUGUUUCUCUUCUAGCUAUUAGCUGUUAAUGAUAAAGGCAAGGGUCCUGCAGCAUUUCCAAAAUGACGGCAUUAGAAAACAGAAAAGCACGGUCUGUUUGGCUCCCUGGUCUAUUCACAUUGGUACUAGGGUGACCUCUCACCCAAGGGAUAGCUGCUAAAGGGAGUAAUUCAGAGACAUGGAGCUUCUGGUUUGUUAUGGGUUUGUUUUCCGUUUGUUUUGUUGUUGUUGUUGUUUUUUUCUUUUUUUUUUUUACUCCUGCCUCCACACGUGUUCUUGACUGAUAACUGAUUCAUGUCCCUGAAUUAAAAUGACUGACAUAUGACAGCAUCAA